AGGCACAGCUGUUAACCGCUCACUUUCAGUUGUAAUCGAGCGGCCGUCGGCGUCGCGUGUGUUAAGUUUGUGCGUAGUGGAGAAAAUGUUACAUAGCACAAGAAAAGGCUAAAUUCACACGAAACGGAGAGCGACCAGCCAAACCACGCGUACUCGCACACGCACACCGUUCAAACUUAAAUAAUAAUAAAUAAACAUAAACGAAAGAUUACAAAAUCAAUCGGCAGCCGCUUUUUAGCUGUUAACAGCUGGUUUCACCUAAUUGGAGUUGAAAGGUGUUUGUUGAACACGGCACAGAAACGCCGGCUAGAACAGCAACGACGACGACGACGGCGGCGCCGCCAGCUUCAGGAUGGUGUUCGAGGCCAUAGUAGCAGAUGUGCUCAACAAGGUGCUGGGUGAUUACAUUGAAAAUUUGGAUCACAAGCAAUUGAAAAUUGGCAUUUGGGGAGGCGAUGUGGUCUUGACGAAUCUGCAAAUUCGCAGCAAUGCGCUGGAUGAUAUGGAUUUGCCCGUUCAGCUAGUCUAUGGCUAUUUGGGCAAAUUGGUGCUGAAAAUACCCUGGAAGAAUUUAUAUAGCCAGCCGGUUAUAGCCGAUAUUGAUGGUCUCUAUGUGCUUGUCACGCCCAACAAUAAUGUCCGAUACAAUGCUGAAAAGGAGGAGAAAAAGAAUUUGGCUACCAAAAUGGCUGCACUGGAUGCUCAGGAGGCUGCGAUGAAGAAGGAGCUAGAGCCGGCUGUGCCCAAGGCUGAUGCUGGCUUCACGGAAAAGCUGACUGCACAAAUUGUGAACAAUUUGCAAGUAAAAAUUAGCAAUGUGCAUUUUCGCUAUGAGGAUUCCACAACGAUGGGAUCGGCGUUCUCGUUUGGCAUAACGCUGCAUGAACUGGAACUUUACACAACGGAUAAUAACUGGGACAAGACCUAUAUGACGGAGCGUGCACCGGAGGUCUUUAAAAUUGCGAAUCUCUCCUGCCUCGCUGCCUACAUGAACUGCAAGGCUAGGCUUUAUGCGUCUGAAGAAAGGGAAAAGCUAGUCGAGACUUUCAAGGAUCAAAUAGCACGCAAGGACUUCAAGCCCACCAACUACUGUUAUGUUUUGGGUCCCAUUUCCUGCAUUACGAAGUUGAAGCUGAACAUGAAUCCAGAACUGGAUGAGCCAGCAUUUGAGAAACCCAAAGUUGAUCUUAGUCUGGAGAUGGAAACCCUCAACGUGGGCUUGACCAAUAAACAAUUCCAAUAUCUUAUACAGCUGGGCGAUGCGAUGAAUCGUAUGCAGCUAGGCUUGCCGUAUCGUCAAUAUCGACCCUAUAAUAUACCCUAUAAGGGUCACGCCAAGGAGUGGUGGAAAUUCGCAAUUACCGCUGUGCUCGAGUAUGAUAUACGACGUCCGAAGCGCACCUGGACCUGGGACUACAUAAAAGAUCAUCGAGAGCGUUGCAAUGACUAUGCUGAGAAAUACAAAGAACGUGAGCUCUGCAAAAAGCCAACAAAAACGCUGGAGGAAUCGUGUAAGAUGCUCGAAGAGAAGUUGGAUCUCUUCAAUCUGUUGCUCAUAAGGCAACGCGUUAACAUCGAAAUAGUCAAGUACCGCGAGUCAAUACCACCUCGGCAAACGAGCUGGCUUGGCAACUGGUGGGGUGGUAAUUCGGCCAAGUCGGAUGGAGACGAAGGCACCAGUCAAAAAUUGGUGCGCAAAUUCGAGGCUGCUAUGACGCCAGAGGAGAAGGCCAAAAUGUACAAGGCGAUUGGUUACGAGGAGAAUAUGAAGCCACAGGAUGUGCCCAUAGAGUAUGUGGCUCUCAAAAUGAAUUUCAAACUAAUUGCACUCGAAAUGGGCCUAUACCAGGAAGUGCAGCUUGACGCCGAUCAAAGCAGCGCCCUCGACUAUUUCAAUUUGCCAUCGAUAAUAUUAUUGAAGUUCUCUAUGGCAACUGCAACGAUUUUACAAAGACCGGCUGCCGAUGCCAUGAGCGUGACAGCGGGCAUGAAGUGUUUGCAGAUGACAGGUGUAACUCAAAACGAUCGCGCGCCCAUGCUGAUCGAGUCGAUAACAACGGAUGAGUUCAAUUUGCUGGAUAUAUUCUUCGAAACGAAUCCAAUUGAUAAGCAGUGCAAUCAACGUGUCAAGGUUGUCGCUCGUCCAUUGCAAAUCACCUACGACUCGAAGACCAUUAUGGCUGUUAGCAGUGUUUUCAAGCCGCCGACUGAUGUGAAUUUGUCGAAAUUCGAGGAAACGGCUGCUUCGAAGCUGGUGGACAUCAAGGAGCGCUCAGCGACGGGCAUGCAGUAUGUUAUCGAUCAGAAAUCCAUAUUGGAUGCAGACAUAUUGCUAAUGCCCAACAUACUGGUGGUGCCGCAUGGCGGCUACUAUGUGUCCGAUGAGAAAGCUCUGAUUGUGCUCAGUAUGGGUCAGGUGCAUAUGACAACCAAGCCACACAGACGCACCUCAGAGCAAGUUAGAGCAUUGCACGAUGAGGGCGUCGAACAGGAGGACAUAUUGAAGUCGGUUAUGGAAAACUCCUAUGACAGAUUCAUUGUGGAAGUAAAUGAUGUACAAAUACUAGUGGUGCGGCCACAUGAACCAUGGCAAAGUGUCCUCAAUAUGGCCGAAUCAACGGAAUUGCAUGUCCUGCUGCCGACGUCGCUUAAGGUGGAGGCCGCAUUGUGCGUCUUUGACAAUGAUCCGCGUUUGCCCAAAAUCAAAAUUGAUAUAGUGAUGCCGGCGGUGCAGCUCAGCAUAACCGAAGAUCGUAUGCUGGAAGCCAUCGACUUGGUCACCAACUUGCCCCUGCCUCAGAGCGAUGCCCCAGAUUUGGCACCUGUGUUGCGACGCUCACGCAGCUCAAUAUCGAACUUCAUAAAUCGUGAAAUCAAGAAGCGUACCACUCCAGUGGCCGAAGCAGAGCAAGCACUUCAGGACGAAAUAAUACAAUACACCAAUGUCGAGGUAAAUUUCUCCCUACAAAAAAUUACCCUUAAGCUGAUGGAAUCGAAUAGGCGCUGUGAAACGGAUGGCGAUACGGAAUCGACAUAUGUAACGCCUGAGUUGGAGAUGGUAACAAGCCCCAAUGAGCUGUCGAUCCUGUCUGACCUUCAACAAGAAAUAAAUCAGACACUGCUAUUUGAAAUUCUCCAAGUGGAAACAUACAUGGCCCAGCGCACCUACGAAACAGUUGCGUCUGUCAAAUUGGGCAGCAUUAAUCUCAAGCACUUCGAUUGUGUGGACACGUCGGAUAAUGUCCUGGAUAUCAUCGAUACACCUGGAUACAUCAAAGACGAGAAAUAUUUACUCACAAUCAGCUAUACGAUGGCCGAUAAAUUGUCGCCCGAAUUUAAUACUAAAUACAAUUCCGUCGAGCAGCUGAUGGUGGCCAAUUUCGAGGUACUCGACAUUGUGCUGCACCAGGAGUGCCUGCAGCGUCUGUUGAAAAUGGCCAACGAUUUCCAAAAGCGUAUGGAUGUAAUAUUAUUAAAUUUGAAGCCACGCGAUCGCUACGCAUCCGCGGCCGAUGGCGAUGGACUAAAGCACAAACUGCAAGCUAUUAUGGAAGACGCCGAAACAAUAGUCACCAGCCAAAAGAUGGCCGUGCGCCAGAACAAAGGGAAGAGGAAACUGAUUGUGGAUACCGUAAAAAUGCGUAUGAUUGCCAAUAUUGAGGCGAUUAGCUUGAAGCUAACCUCUCGCAAGCGUCCACUCUCCCUGAUGCAGGUGAAGCACUUCGUGACUAACAUAACACUAAAAGACUCGUACACCGAGGUGAACAUUGGACUCAAGGAUAUUGUAAUGCUAGAUCUCAAUCCGAGAACAAUACAUACGAAAAUAUUGACCAUUGUGGGCCAGGAUGCCUUCAAUUGCCAGGUGGUGCUGUUCAAUAAGGAAUACACCCGUAACUACAAUUCAGAUGAUAUGAAAGUAACGGUGGACAUUGGCUGCAUGAAGAUUGUGUUCCUCAACUGGUUUGUCACCGGCCUACUGAACUUUUCAAGUCACUUCCAAACUGCCCAGGAUGCACUCACGAAUGCCAGCGCAGCUGCUGCCCAGUCGGCUAAACAAAACGCCAUCAAUGCCUACGAAAAGGCAACGCGCAUGAAACUGAAUAUUAGAAUUAAAGCGCCUGUUAUACUGGUGCCGGUGGAUUCACAAAGCACAGAUGCAUUGGCCAUUGAUUUGGGCUUGCUGGAGAUGUCAAAUACAACUAUCGAGACGCCAGUGCCCAGUGUGGACCAAUACGCUGUCAUCGAUGAGAUAAAACUGCAGCUAAAAGAUGUCAAAAUAUCGAAGGUGGUUAUAUUGGAUACAAACGAUUCACAGGUCGAUGAUGUGGAUGCCGUUCUUGGAAUUAAGACCUCAGUUAAUAUGAUGGAACCUAUGAGUUUUACGCUAACGGUAACGCGCAAUUUAUCAUUCGCUUGGUACACGGAUGUACCAGAGAUGAAUCUUUCGGGUCACUUAAAGUCUGUUGAGCUAACACUCUACAUGGACGACUAUGCGCUCAUCAUGUCUAUACUGAACAAAAAUUUGAGCGAAGGUCUCGCUGAGUUUCCACCAAAAGAAGUCGAGAUAAAGGUUCCACCUUCAACCAUCGUUCGACGUACCGGAACAAAUGCUGAAUCAGGGGCUUCUGUGCACAUUUCAGAUGACCCACUAAAAGUAUGCGAAAGUCUUAAGCUCAACUUUCAGUUUGAUGGCGUCAUUAUAAAUUUGAUGGAGGAGGAAGGCGAAGGAUUGGCCUGUUUUGGAAUUUACUAUUUGUCUGUGAAGGGCACCAAACUGAACAAUGGCACGCUCAGUGUAUCCGUUGUCCUCUGCAACAUACAAUUGGAUGAUACGCGUUCGUCGAACAAAAGCAAAAUACGUCAAUAUCUUAGCUGCAAAAACUGGGAUGCGGAGAAGUCCAAGAAGGACAAAAUUCUUGAGACCUGCCAGAAGGAGGUAUGGAACUACAUGGUUGAUGUAACGGCAAUUAUAAAAGAGGACGACGUCUUUGCUGAAGUACGAGUGCGCAGUUUCGAUUUGAUCGUUUGCAUUGAUUUCCUAAUGAAGUUGACCUUGUUUCUGACUUUGCCCGAUGAACCGGAACUCCGCGAACCAGGCGUGAAGCAAGAGAAAAACCCUUUUAAGGAAUCAGCAACAACGGCUCGAGAAAGUGCAAAAAAAACCGUGGAUACGCUGUCAGUGUCCCAAGAUACAAGCAAAAAAAUGAAUCUGAUACUUCAUAUUGAUCAGCCGGACAUUAUAUUGGUUGAGAGCCUGGAUGAUUUGAAUACCAAUGCAAUUAUAUUUAAUGCACAAGCGCAUCUCAAUUAUCGGUCAAUUGGCGACAAGCAGAUAAUCAAUGGUGAAAUCACAGCGCUUAAGAUAUAUAUGUGCUCAUUUUUGCCAGAGCGUCGCGAUGCGACCCGUCAUUAUAUUUUGCAUCCGGCUGUUAUCAGUUUGCAGGGCUCCACGCCCGAGUCGGAGGGCCUGCACAUAAGUCUUAAGCUCAGUGAUAUUAUCAUUAAUAUCUCGCCGACAACGAUUGAGCUGCUUAACAAAGCGAUGCUGAGCAUUACGAGCGGCGCAGCUGAGAAGGCAGCCAUUGAUAGAGAUGCGACGGACUAUUCCAAGAUUUGGUAUCCAAAACCGUUCCAUUCAAACACCUAUUGGUUCACAAAAGUGGAGGAGGCCAUCGAAGCGAAAGAAAUACCGAUGUCGCUCCAAAGUGAUGCGGAGAAGACCGAGAAAUGCGUGAUUGAGAUGCCCAGCAUAACUCUUGUGAUUGAAUCGGGACAGGGAUACUAUACGAAGCCUCUCCUUUCACUAGACACACGCAUGACGGCCGUCUUUAAUAACUGGAGCAGUAAUUUUACUGCCCAUGGCUCCUUAACACUCAAUAUGAACUAUUACAAUCAAUUCAUGGCCGAGUGGGAGCCGAUUAUAGAGCUUAACGAGGUUAUGGGACGAAAUGGCAUCAGAGAGUAUAUACCCUGGGAAUUGCAAUUCGAUAUGAGCUUUGAAAAGAUGGAAACUGACUUUGAUGAGUUACAGGAGGAUACAGCAAUGAACAUUCGCAUACAUUCCAAGGAGAAUCUAGAAAUAACGGUUAGCAAAACAUGCCUUAGCCUGCUCAGUGAAUUGGGCGAGGCCUUUUCGCAGGCCAUCGACAAAAAGGGCAUCCAAAAGCCAGAGGUUACCGCUCCUUAUGUGGUCAUCAAUGAUACGGGCUUUAACAUCACACUGAAUUUGGAGAACGGUGUCUUUACGCUGCACGAGGUGCAUCGUGGCGGCAAUCUUACAAGCAACGCUUUGGUUCUGCACGCAUCAAACAGCCCAGAUGAUCAGCUUGUCGAUCCAGUCGACAUAAAAAGCUGUACGAUUUCGCCUGGCGGCAAAGCCUAUUUGCAAACCAAGGACAUGAGCACGAUGUCCGAAAGCCAGAUCGACGACUAUAAUCUCUAUGUGACGCUGGGUGAUCUAAGUGAUGAACUUGCGCUGCCCGUUAGUAAAGCCGACACGCGCUACUUUCCGCUACCUAACACCGCUCUGCCCGAACAGUGGGCCAUUGUCUCCCAGGUCAAGUUGGAGUAUGGCACCACCAAAAUCAAUAUCCAUGGCGUUUUAAGCAUCUUGAACCAUUUUACGAGACCAAUUGUAGUGCAUCGACGCCACGACACAGAAAAUCGAUUCAUUCGUGUUGGCGUCGCGAAACCUAAUGAGGUUUUCAAUGUGCCGCUGCACGCCAUCUAUGCAAGUGAUAAAGAGCUGUACUUUUCAGUGAAGGGCUAUCACAGGUCCGUUCAGAGCCUCUCCUGGUAUAUAAAUCCAUCAGAUAUGAACUAUGAAAGCCAAGUGCAAUGUGAACCCAUCGACGCAUUCGAGCCGCUCAACAUGAAUUUUCAGCGACGCAAGCAUGAGAUUUUCUUCGAGAACACCAACAAGUAUCGACUGCGAAGUGCCCAUUAUAUGGUUCACAUACGUCCUCCACUAUCCCUGCGAAAUUGUUUGCCCAUUGACAUCAAAGUCUCUGUGGCUGGCUGUUUGGGUCGCCAAAUUAACGCCGACUCUGCAGCUCGCGGAUCGACAGGGAAUUCUGACGUAGAAGAGCGUUACGAGAAGCAGGACUUUUUAGAUUUUGGCGAAAAGGAGGUGAAUCCCGGGAAUAUCCUGCAUUUGCCCACGGUUCGUAUGACCGCAAACGGCAAAGAAGCAAAGAGUGUGCUAGUUAUACGUCUUUUGCAAUAUCUGGAGAAGGAUUGGUCCCAUGCCUCUGAAAUUCCCAAUCCCAGUGAUGACGUAACCGUAUGGACAUUUUCCUCAUAUGAUUCAGAUGUUAAAAUGGAAAUGGAUCUAUUUGUGCGCUGUAGCAAAAUAUCUGGCAAAAUUAUACUCACCCUGUAUAGCCCGUACUGGAUGAUCAAUAAGACGGGCAAGAUGCUUACCUACAAAUCGGAUUUGUCAUCUGUGGAAAUGCUGUAUCAUCCGCCCGAGUAUUCCGGCCCCAUACUGUUAGCCUUCCGCGAUAAGAUGUUCUUCGACAAGAAGAAGGCAGCGAUCCGCAUCGAGAGUGGGGAGUGGAGUGAGAAGAUUCCAUUGGACGUGGCGGGCUCGAUUGGUGGCGUUACCUGUACUGCAAACAAUCAGAAAUUCCAAAUCGGCGUACACAAUCAUUUGACAAACAAUUCGCUGACCAAACAGAUCACGUUCAUACCGUUCUACAUAGUGCACAAUAAAUGCCGCCAUACGAUCGAAUUGCAAGAGCUGAAUCGACCCGGCGAUCCUUGGCUAUCUGUCGAAGAGCUCGAGUAUAAACCACUGUGGCCCAAGAGCGAGACACAUCGUAAGCUGAUUCUGCGCGUAGGUCAACAGGUGACGCCAGCGUUUGACUACACCGAGGCGACCUGUACGCUGCUCAAGCUGACCAACAGUCCCUACGGCGGCGUCAAUGUGGAUGUGCAGUCCACAGAGGGCGGCGUCUACUUGACAUUCACCGAAUACCAGCCGUCGGAGGCACCCGGCCUGAUCAUCAAUCACACCACCAAGGAUCUGAUCUACUAUGAGAAGAACACCGAAAUAAUUAACACCCUGAAGCCGAAGCAAUGUGUCCUAUUUGCCUGGGACGAUCCGACGGGUCCUAAAAUUUUGGUAUUUGGCAAGGAUAAACAGGAGACCGAUCUGAAACGCGACGAGAUCGAUACGGUUACUCUGCAGAACGACAGCAAAGCCUACUGGGUGUCCUUCCUUUAUGGCAUGCAGCGUGUCCUGUUGGUCACCGAAGUUGAGGCGGUCGCCAAGCGAACGGAGACCACUGCAGCACUGCAGACCAUAACGCGUAGCAUUGAUUUGCAUAUACAUGGCAUCGGCAUCUCGGUGGUUAACAAUGAGGCUGCCCUGGACAUACUCUAUUUGGGCAUUACCAGUUCGGGCAUAGUGUGGGAGUCAAGAAAGCCGAACAAGAAACGUUUCAAGGAGAUGACCAUACACGAUUCAGAGCUGAUUGAAGCCGAGUAUCAGCGCUAUCUGGUGGACAAGUCCGUCAAGGAGGUCAAGACAUAUCUGCUGAAUAACAAAUUUCCGCUGGACUUCAACACAAUGACGAUCACGAAGCACAUUGCACGGCGUUUGCGUCGCAACUUUUAUCCAGCUAUUUGGGUGUCGCUCAGGUCAUCUCCGUUCCAGAAUCAAUUGCAUGUGAAAAUUAAUCGCAUACAGGUGGACAAUCAAUUAAUUGAUCCCAUAUUCAAUGUGGUGUUGGCACCGAUCGCUCCGCCAAAGAGUGUGGCCACAACCACAUCGAUGAAGCCGUUCAUCGAAUGCAGCAUAGUGCAGCGCGUGAUACCCAAUUCGGAAGUGAAGCAGUACAAGUAUGCAUCCAUCUUGAUCCAGGAGUUCCACUUUAAGGUGGACAUUGUGUUUCUAACGGCCAUUGCGGAGAUGUUCUCGACUGAAGUGACCGAUGAGCAAGCGGCCAAGCUGUUCCGCAGCGAUGUGGACUCCAUUGAGUUGCCAUUGUCCACGUUCUUCGAGGAGCACUCGCAGCAGGAGCAGAAGAAUUACUAUGAUAACCUGCAUUUGGGUCCACUGAAGAUUCAUGUUAGCUUCUCCAUGGCUGGCGCCGAUGCAAUCUCACUGCCUGGCUUCCUCGGUACACUGGUCCAAGGUGUGGGCGUAACGCUAACGGAUGUCAAUGAUGUCGUCUUCCGUUUGGCCUUCUUCGAGCGCGAAUUUCAGUUCUUUACCCAACAUCAACUCGUCAACGAGGUGACGUCUCACUAUAAGGGCCAGGCACUGAAACAGCUCUAUGUUUUGGCUCUGGGUCUGGAUGUACUGGGGAAUCCAUACGGUUUGGUCGUGGGUCUUAAGAAAGGUGUUGAGGACUUGUUCUACGAACCUUUCCAGGGCGCCAUCCAAGGACCUGGCGAAUUUGCUGAGGGUCUGGUGCUGGGCGUCAAGUCGCUCUUUGGCCACACCGUGGGCGGUGCUGCGGGCGCUAUGUCCAAAAUCACUGGCGCCAUGGGCAAAGGUCUAGCUGCCUUGACCUUUGAUGAAAAAUACCAAAAGAAACGUCGAAGGGGCAUGCACAACAAACCAAAGAAUUUCCAUGAGGGGCUCGCACGCAGCGGCAAGGGUCUGGUCAUGGGCUUUUAUGAUGGCGUGACGGGUGUGGUUACUAAGCCCGUUGCUGGCGCACGCGACGAGGGCGUGGAGGGCUUCUUCAAGGGCCUGGGCAAGGGCGCCAUCGGCCUGGUGGCGCGACCAACGGCUGGUGUUGUGGACUUUGCCAGCGGCAGCUUUGAGGCAGUCAAACGCGCCACCGUGGGCAUCGAUGAUGCCAGACGCCUGCGACCGACACGCUUCCUACAUUACGACUAUGUGCUGCGUCCCUAUUGCUACAGCGAAGCUCUAGGCAACAAGAUACUAAAGGAGGUGGACAAAGGCAAGUAUGCGGAAACGGACAAUUUUGUGCACUGCGAGGAGAUUGUGCGCCGAGCCGAGUACCUUUUAAUAACCAAUCAUCGAAUGAUCUAUGCGCAGCGCAACGAUAUGUUUGGUGUCUGGAAUUCCUUGUGGUCGUAUCAGUGGGAGGAAGUGGACAGUUUUGUGAACAAUGGCCGCGGCAUGCAGUUCAAGGUGAUCAGCCGCGAAAGCAAAGGCAUAAUGGGUCUCUUCUCACCGAAGGAAUCGAACACCAAAAUCGUAUUGGUGCCCGACGAACGGAAACGCGAAGCUCUGUUGGCUGUAGUUGAAUCUCAAAUGCGUGCAGGCACUCAGCUACGUAUGCCCACCUCACGCUACUCGACGCGUAUUAUAUAGUAAAGCGGGACUGCUCCAACGAUAUAGCAUUAACUACCUCGCGCUAUUUCAAGCAAUUCUGCACACUCUGACAUGCACUCUCAGACACACUCACACUUAAAUGCAUAAAUACCSCCUCUAAUAUACAUAUAUA